GAAACAAGGCUUGAAAAAGGAAAGAAGCUUCUGCCUAGAACCACCAGCAGUGCUCAUCAUAAACAAAAACCGUGUAUGAAUAAGCACUAGGACCACUUUUUGUGUCCAAUGUAACCUUCGAAUUUCUAAGAUUACUGCGCUCGUUUUUAGACUCUGAAUAUUUACACGGUACUCUGUUGCAUCGUUUGCGAUGUUUCAGGGGGAACCUUUUCCAUCCACCAACGCAAGAUAAGAGCGAAGCCGAUGAGUGGAACGCAACGUUUUGCUGCGAUUCGGAGAAGCUAAUUCAGACGAUGACCAAUGGAUGCCGGAACUUCUGACUCUAAUCGCGGCACCUCUCCGGACAACCGUAUCAAGCUCAAUGUCGGCGGGAAGAUCUUCGAGACGACGAUCUACACCAUUCGUUCCGGUGGUCCCGAUUCCCUUCUCACCGCUCUCUCCUUCCGUGACACUGGGGAUACCGAACCCGUCUUCAUUGACCGCGACCCUGAAAUCUUCUCCGCCCUCCUCUCUCUCCUCCGCACCAACCAGCUCCCCUCUACCGCGCGUCGUUUCUCCAAGCAAGAACUCGCCGAUGAAGCCCUUUACUACGGUAUUGAAGCCAGGCUCAGGUCGUCCAUGGCGCCGCCGCCGCUUGAUGGGAUCGACGCCUCCAUUACCGCAACAAUUUGUCCGGCGUCCGAAGGCUUGUCUUCCACGUUCACUGCCGCCGAGGUCGAUGGAUCCAUUUGGGUCGCCCACGGUGGUCAGAUGACUUGCUAUGACUGGAAUCUCAGCUACUCAUGUACCGUUCGGACUCAUCUAGACAAAAUUGAUUCGAUUUGCCGAGUCUGGCCCGAGAUUGCAGCUAUAGGGUCGAAAUCCAACGCGGGACUGCACUUCUACGAUUUCUCCGAUGGGCACAAAGUUGGGACGGUUCAGUGGACUGAUCCUUCUGAUCCUCGUAUCUUCAAGGCCCGAGUCAAUACAAUAGCUGGCUCAGAGAGUUCGAUUUUUGCUGCGUUUGAUUGCCCGCACAGAGAGAAUUGUAUCCUUGAAGUAGAUAAAACUAAGCUUCAGAUCGUGUCUCAGCUCGCUAGGCAAUCUGGUAAUCAAGCCAAGCAUACGGCUCCUGAGAAGCUGACGUGGGUACCGAAGACCGGCGUGCUCGUCGGAAGUGCAGUCACGAGCGGGGCAUUUGGGUACUCUGGCUACAUCAGAUUGUGGGACCCACGGUCCGGCGAGGUUGUGUGGGAGACGAAUGAGCCAGGUGCGGGUAGAAGUAGUAGGUUCGGCGACUCGUUUGCGUGCCUGGGCGUCGAUGUGGAAGGCUUGGCUUUGUUCAAGCUCUGUUCUCAAUCUGGGGAUUUGGCAAUGGCGGACAUGCGACAUUUAGGGGAGGAUCCGUGGAUUUAUUUGCAAGAAAAGAACCCAAGCUUGGUGAACACCGGUGGAGUGACCAGCAGUGCGAUUCAUUGUUACAGGAGGCAAGUGUUUGUCGGGAGAGAGGGUGAUUUAGAGGUUUGGUCCAGACUCGAAGGGAUGAGAAAUGGUGCUCAAAUAGCAGGUGGGGAUGCUGAGGGUUUGUAUAGAAGAAAUUUCGUGGAUAAAAUAGAGAAUUCAGAGAGAGGGAUUAUCAAGCAGAUCGAAGGUGGUGGUAAUAGGUUGUUUAUUAGCAGAGAAGAUGUCGAAGGUAUUGAAGUGUGGGAGAGUUCUCCAUCUUCUGGCGCGAUCUCAGCUGUGUAAUCAUGGACUGGUCAUGAGUAUGAGAAUUUAGUAUCAAGCAGGCUUUCUUCAUUGUAGCGUGGUCAGCCUAAUGUACAACAGAUCUUUUUGCAUCUGCCAAAAACUUUUCUUCCCUUGAAACUGCAAUCUCAGGUAGGCCUCCAAAUUCUAUCAGCAUGUUACCUAUGAUUUUGUACGUGUAAAAUAAUUUGUAACAAACAAAACUUUUUUAUGAAACCCGAAGUUGAAGUCCUUUAUGGUCUUUUAAUUGCUUAAAAUACUACUGUAUUUAAGCAUAAUGCAGAUGACAUCGUCUACUACUCUAGUUUUGCACACCGCCAUUUGGAAAUUGGAGCAUUGAAUCGAUGUGAUAAAAUUUAAAACUUGAGUAUAUCAUUGGAAGGGAAGGAUGACAUGGUUUGUCUUCGUGGUGCUACUCACCAACUGCUCUCUGAAGUAUCAUUGAAUGACCAGAAUCUGUCUCUAUUAGAACUCUGGUGAACAUAUGCUUGGGAUCUUGGCUUAACCAGGAUUCAGCUCCUCUAAAGUGCAAGCUGCUCUUAGAUAGUUUCGAAGUACAAGUAGGUAAUUGUUGGUAUAAAAAUUAAGGGAGCCGGUUUUCACUCAUCUGUAGGUUGACAUCGAGUUAUUCCUUCUCUGAAAACUUCAACAGUUGAUUUCAUUAUCAAUGGCAAUCUUUCAUGCCCCUUUCAAUGGAUUGUUUCCUAGAUAACCGAUGGCUGAAACACUGACAGGCCGUGUGCCAUAUUUUACCUUACUAGCUCAAAAGUAGUGCUGAAACAUGGAGAACUAUUAGACAAAUGCUGAAAUACAAUUUUGCUUGCUGGAAUGAGAUAAACUGUAGGUUAUUUUGUGUCUUGCUCGACUUAUGUUGAAUGUGCAUAGUGAUUUGAGGUUAUAUGAUGGUUAUUAUGGUGAAUGUGUUAUGAGAUCUGAGGUCAUGUCAACGACUUUUUGUUGUAAAAUGUGCGUAUAUGGGGAUGGUACAGCAUGUUGUAAAGGACAAUGGUCAUUCUUAUGUAGAAGAGUAAAAUGUUCUAAGACUAA